AAAAAAAAAGAACUAUGCUGAACACGGGGUCCUGUCCUGCUCUCAAAGAAUUUAAUAUUGUGGUGGAGACAAACAUUUUUAGAUUAAAAAGUGCUAAGGUACAGGCGAGUAUGAAGGGUCAUGUGAGCACGAAGUAGGGCAUCUGCGCCCAACUGGAGAAUUAGGGCAUGUUUUCUUUUGGUGGAAAAUCAUGUCCGAACUGAAUCUUGAAGGAAGAGCAAAAUUUAGCCAGGUGAAGUGAAGUGGAACAAGGAUCCAAAAAGACCCAGGUUUGUGCUGAAAACAGGAACUGCAAAAGGUACCAGGAGCAAUCUGUUUCUAAUAUGGCAAAGUAGAAGGAGGAGAGUGCCGAGCCCAUCACAAAGUAGGCUGGAUAAUAAGCAACAACAAUAAUAAAUUCCUAAGCGAACUAUUAGUUAAAGCUAAAAAAUUUGAGUUGUAAUCCAAAAGUCGCCCCCAUCUCGGCCUCGGCUCAGCAGAGGCGCGAGACUGGAGCAAGUACCGUGCGGCGGAACGGAUUUUUCGGGCGUCGGGGGCGCGUUUCUGGGACGGACCGGAGAAAGGAAGUGUGCUACAGUAUCUAAGGCACCCGCUCCCGGCUUCCGCGGGGCUUGUAUUGGGUCGUUCGGGUCCCGGCUCUGCCGCGCUGGCCUGAGCACUUGGGUCUCCGGAGACGAGUGGAGGCGGCCUCAAGCUCAGGACCUGCCGGUUUCUGCUUCGGACGCCACGGGCUGAUCUUAGCCGCUGCUCGUUGGCUGUUCUUGCUGACCUUGGUCCAGGGUCGGAGCCAAUGGCAGCUUGGGCUGCCGUCAGCCUGAGCAGGGUCGCUGCCCGGUGCUUGCGGGGAGCUCUAGGCCCCGGGGUCCGGGCGGCUCUUUCACCCACCCUCGCGGCUUCCCAGCCUGAGCCCACGGGCUGUACCAGCGCUCCGGGCAGGACGCUGCACCUCACGGCGGCGGUCCCCGCCGGGCACAACAAGUGGUCCAAAGUCCGGCAUAUCAAGGGUCCCAAGGACGCCGAAAAGAGUCGCAUCUUCUCCAAGCUCUGUUUGAGCAUCCGCCUGGCAGUUAAAGAAGGAGGCCCCAACCCUGAGCACAACAGCAGUCUGGCCAACAUCUUAGAGGUGUGUCGCAGCAAGCAUAUGCCCAAGUCAACGAUUGAGGCAUCGCUGAAAAUGGGGAAAACCAAGGAUGUUUAUUUGCUGUAUGAGGGCCGAGGCCCUGGCGGCUCUUCUCUGCUCAUUGAGGCAUUAUCUAACAGUGGCUCCAAGUGCUAUUCAGACAUCAGACGUAUCCUGAACAAGAAUGGGGGAAUGAUGGCUGAUGGAGCUCGCCACUCUUUUGACAAAAAGGGAGUGAUCGUGGUUGGAGUGGAGGACAAAGAGAAGAAAGCUGUGAACCUAGAGCGUGCCCUGGAGCUGGCAAUUGAAGCAGGAGCUGAAGAUGUCAAGGAAACUGAAGACGAAGAGGAAAAGAACAUUUUUAAAUUUAUUUGUGAUGCCUCUUCCCUGCACCAAGUGAGGAAGAAGCUGGACUCCCUGGGCUUGUGUUCGGUGUCCUGUUCUCUAGAAUUCAUCCCCAAUACAAAGGUGCAGCUGGCUGACCCUGACCUGGAGCAGGCCGCCCUUCUCAUCCAAGCUCUUGGCAACCAUGAGGACGUGAUCCAGGUCUAUGACAACAUUGAGUAACUAGCUCUGUGAGCCCCCGGGGGCCUUUCUAGGCAGCUGGCAGCUCAUUCUGGAGCACACGCUUCUGCAGUGACUGAGACUGAAGCAGACUGGAGGCCUUCCAGGGUAGGAGGCAUAAAACCAAGACCUGCUUGGAUACGGGAGUGGCCAAAGGAGUCACUGCAUCUCCGUGGGGCCUCUUUGUCAGCUCUGCUGGUGUCUCAGAGCCCUCCUGGCUGUAGGGAGGAGACAGCCAGCUAAUCAGACUCUGAUCUUAGGAAGUUGGUCCUUGGGGGAACAGCAGGUACCCUGAGGGCCCUUUUACUAGAAUCUUCUCUUAAAUAAUAUAACUGAUCUGGGUUGCUGCACUCCUGUUGUGCGGCUGUCGUGUUUUCCUGGGUUUUUGUCCAGCUGUUGGGACCCUCUGACUUCCUUUGAAGUCUGUAGGUUUAAUUCUACUACUCCAGUCCCAGGCUUUUUUUUUUUUGGACCAGAGAAAUGUAGAUCUCUAUGGCACACCACUUUGCCCUAAUGCUGGUCUGGUGGCCUAAACCUGUCAUUAAUCAUGCAUAUAGUAUUUAUCAAACACCUGUGUACCAGGAACUGUACUUAACCAGGAGCAUAAGCUGUUUAGUUGGUGCCCUGUGUUAGAUCCUGUUCUUAAGACCUAGGACCUCAGAGGUCAGACACAGGACUGCUGUCUGCUGGAACUGCCCUAGGGCAGUGUGAGCUGCUGUGCAUGCCUCCUUGUUCUCUUCUUGUGGCCUCCUUGCCCUCAUUCUGCCAGAGAGCUUAAGGCUCUAACCCAGUGGGAAAUCAAGUGCCAGUGAUAAGGGACUCCCAGGCCCUGUUUCACCAAGGCCCCUAUGUGUUCUGAGAUUGGUCAGAGCGGACCUCUCAGCAGAGCUGCUUGGUCACCAGAAUGCCCGCCCUAGCUCCUUUUCAUCCCUGCUGCCAAAUGCUGGAGCACUGGGAACUGCAGAGGAAACGGAAACAGAAGGAAGGGUGAAGGGCUGAGUCAGAGCCUGGCCAGCUGGGAAAGAGGACCCUGUGUACCUUUGGCUCCAAAGUGUCAGUUUUGGGUUUUGAGAGACCGGGAGUGCUAGUCCCUGUGCAGGAGCCCAUCAAGCAUGUCAGGCCUGGAGUGGCUUAUUGAUCCCCGUUAUUCACCUACUUACAAGUUGUUUAAGCCAGUUCUGAGAUCAGAGUAAUUUUCCCAAAGGAGCUUCAGGUAAAUGAGGAAAAGAACAAAAACCAGUUGGCUGGCUAUAAAUUACAACUUCAGCUUCUAAAAAAAACAGAUUACUAAUUCCAUGAUGACUUUAACAAUCGGAGAGCAAAGGCUAAGGAAAGGAAAACCAAUGAAAUAACCCACAAAAAUGCCAAAGCAUAUGCUCUUAUACCUCGUUACAUAACAUGAUACCACCUGGCAUUCUUUACUUUUUUUGCUUUGUUUUGUUUUGUUUCAAAGACUUAUUUAUUUGUGAGAGAGAGAGAGCAGG